AUGGCUCGCACUUCUGCCCUUCUCCUCUCGCUUCUUGCAGGUCAGGCCUGCGCUCAUACUUUCAUUUGGGGAGUCUUCGUCAACGGCAAAGACCAAGGUACAUUCAAAGGCGUACGCAUCCCCGCCUACAACGGUCAGAAUGGCAAAGGUGGCUACAACAACUCGCCUGUCAAGGAUCUCGACUCCAUCGACAUGCGCUGCAACGUCAUGGGUGACAUACAAGCUCACGACACCAUCAAAGUUCAGCCUGGAGAUAACCUAACGUUCGACUGGCACCAUGAGAUUCGUAACGACACAGACGAUGUGAUUGCGAACUCGCACCAUGGUCCCUCUCUCAUUUAUAUUUCGCCUGAUCCACCAACGGAGAACUCCUUCGUUAAGCUCUGGCACUCUGGAAAGUACGAAAGCAACCCGUUCCCACAGGCUGGAAAAUGGAGUACCACAAGUGACAUUGCAAAGCACUUUGGUCACAUGAAUGUUAGGGUACCUGAGGGUCUGAAGGCAGGUCAUUACCUCAUUCGUGCGGAGAUGAUUGGUCUGCAUGAGGGCGAUGUAAGCUUCGCGCAGAAUCCAAAGAGAGGUGCACAGUUCUACCCCGACUGCGUCCAAAUAUUGGUCGAAGGCGAUGGCGAGGUUGAGCUACCCGAGGGCGUAAGCUUCCCGGGAGCGUAUUCUUACGACGACCCUGGCGUCGUACACAACGUAUACUGCUCUACUGAGACUAAGAAGCCGAAAACCUCUACCACUCCCUGUGUUACCGACUACGUCAUCCCUGGACCUACCGUAUGGUCUGGUGCUUGGCCUGAGACUACUGCAGUCUCCGUUGGACCUGUGACGGGUGUUACAACAGCGACCGCGUGGAGCACAUGGAUUGGCACCGAUAGUGUGGUUACGAGCGCGACGUUUGCGGAUGUGAAGAGUCAGACUAUCGUAGGAAGCUCAAAGUACACUGCGAGUUGGAGUGACACAUAUGCUACACCUACGGCGACGGCUGCACGCUGGUAG